AAUGAGUAUAAAAUUGGUAAAUGGAAUAUUUAUUAGAUGAAAUAUGGGAGAAUGUCAACUAAAGAAUUAAUGUAUAAUCUUAUUGUUAUUUAUGUAGUGGUGAAGGAUUCUAUAAGGAAAAUGGUUUGAAAAUAGGUUUAUGGGAAGAAUUGAGUAUCAAUUGCUCUUGGUAAAUUUAAAAAUAUCAUAUUAGUAUUUAUUAAACAAUUGAAAAAGGAUUGUAUUAAGAUGGGAAAAAGUAAGGAAGAUGGUCGAUCAAUAAAAAAACAGGUUAUGUGUAAAGAAUGCUAUAAAAAAUGUAGAAUAAUUAUCAAUUAACUAUUACUAUUAGUGGUGGUGAAUAAUAUAAGAUUAAGGAUUGAAAAAUGGUAAAUGGGUAGAUCUUAUUGAAAAUUUUUAUGAGUAUUAAUUUGAUGUUUAUUGAUUAGGUAGAAGU